AUGGCUAGCUCGGAACCCAAAAUCAGAAACAGAGAAAAUGGAAGAGAGCGAGAAAGUGAGAGAGGUGAUUACGUUCAAGAUUGGGACGACGAGUUGGUCUGCAGAGCCAGAUUCAAAGCCUUCAGCGGCCAACGCUCCGAUUGGGAGCCCAUCUACCUCUUCUGGCGAAACCUAAUCCUAACCGUCGCUCGCCGAUUAGGAAUCUUCAUCAUCAAACCCUCCCACGAAAUUGUGCCGGCUGCGGAGGUUGUGAAUCCCGCAGCUGGCCGCCUCUCCCGGGUUUUCCGGAGUGUGACGAGUACCGUGGUUAGCUUUGCUUCGUCAGCCCCAGCUCCUCAGGUUCUGAUGGCCCAUGACCGUCCCAUUCUUACCCCGAUUCUCAAGGAUAAAGCUGUUGAAAUUGUGGAGGUUUUGUCCGAGUGUCAUUGGAAGUCUUGGUGCAUUGUGACCAUGGAGAGGUUCCGGGAGUUGUGUGGAGGGAUCGUUGAAGGUUCGGCGGUCUUGUCUCACUUGUCGGAGCAAGGGAAGGGGCGGUAUCUCUCGGUUCCCAACAGGGGAGACUGAUUAGAGGGUGUGAAAGUUUCCAUUUCAGCAUCUUCUGUUCCUAUUGUUUCGAGUUUAGAUCGUGAUGUUCUCCACCUCACGUGGACAAGAGAGAGACUUCAACAACAACUUAAUGUGAUUGAUCGAAGAUGUGAAACGUUGAGAAAAUCAGCGUUAGCUUGUUUGCAUUCUGAAAAUAAGAAAGUGGCUCUGAGGCAUGUAAGAGAGUUGAAAUUGGCGAAUGAGAGCAGAGAAAAAUGUGCAACCUUCAUGAACAGAGUGGUGGAAGUUCUUCAUUCUAUCGCAAAUGUUGAAAUGACAAAGAAGGUUUCUGAAGCCAUUCAAAUAGGAGCUAAAGCUAUAAAAGAAAAGAGGAUUAGUGUGGAAGAAGUUGAAGAUCUACAAGAAAUUGAGGAGAGCAUUGAUACACUAAGGCAAUUAGAAAACGUUAUAGAAAAACCCCCCCUGUACUCAGUUACAGAUGAUGAAGAAGACAUGGAAGAGGAAUUUAAGAAACUAGUGCUGGAUAUCGAACGUGAAAACCAUGAUCAACAAAUUUUGAAAACCGAGAUAAACAAUGCAGUGGGAACUGACAGUUCUGCUGAAGUGUUGAUUGAUUCUCUUUCAAAUCUGAAGCUUUUGGAUGAUGGUCAAGCAAUACCAGCAGCCCAGAGCACUGCCUCGACUGUAAUAAGAAUCAACAAAACAAGAAGUCCUGAGCUUGCAACUGCCUAAAUAGCAAACAUAUCCUGGUACGAUAAUCAAUUUAUGUUGAUAUUGCAUGUAUGGUGGGUGGUGACUAUAAUCGAUUCUCUUCACCAGUUUCUUAGGGUUCUGUAAAUAUGUAAACAUGUAGAAUAACCAUUUCCAAAAUAGUAAGAUAAUGUUAGUUUCGUUUACUGAAAAGUAAGAAAUGAGAAUAUGAAAAAACACAUUUAGUCGAGCAUGUUCACCUCGGACUAGAUUAGUUCUUGGAUUAAGUAAUGUACUUGGGAAUUCUCAGGCAGAAGUUGGGAUGGGACUUCUCCCUUGGUGGAACCCAGCUUCAUUAACAUUCCGGUUUGAAAA